AUGGCUGGCGCGCUUCCUCGCAUGCUCUGGCAGCACUUGCCACGAGCCGCUGCUGCUGCUCCUGCGACCAGGGCAGCCACCGCGUCCUCGUCCAAGCUUCAAUUCGCCCUCGGGGCCUUCCAGAGGAGGUCAAUCGCUACUCUGCGGUCAAAGCCGAACAGCGCGCCCCUCCGCUUCUCCCGACAGACGACACGCCGAUUCUACAGCUCGGAGCCGCCCAAGUCGAACCAGACCGUCAAGUUCUGGCCCUUCUUCCUCAUCAUCCUCGGCGGUACUGGCGGUUACAUCCUCCUCGCCAACCAGCGCAACCAGAACAUCAACCCGCACUACGAGAUGCCCGCCCUCGAAGGCCCCAAGACCUCGGGCCAGCUGCCCGCCCCGCACAAGUCGACCCCGACCUUCUCGGGCGACGACGUGACCGUCAUCUUCGUCCUCGGCGGGCCCGGCGCCGGCAAGGGCACCCAGUGCGCCAACCUGGUCAAGGACUACGGCUUCACCCACCUGUCGGCCGGCGACCUGCUGCGCGCCGAGCAGGACCGCCCCGGCUCCCAGUUCGGCGAGCUCAUCAGGGACUGCAUCCGCAACGGCGCCAUCGUGCCCAUGGAGGUGACGGUCCAGCUGCUCGAGAACGCCAUGACCGAGACCAUCAACCGCAGCAGCAGCGACAAGAAGCCCGGCGCGGGGGAGGCAAAGAAGGCCAAGUUCCUCAUCGACGGCUUCCCGCGCAAGAUGGACCAGGCCCUCAAGUUCGAGGAGGCCGUGUGCCCGGCCCGCUUCGUCCUCUUCUACGACUGCCCCGAGGAGGAGAUGGAGCGCCGCCUGCUCGAGCGCGGCAAGACGAGCGGCCGCGCCGACGACAACGCCGAGAGCAUCCGCAAGCGCUUCCGCACCUUUGUCGAGACGAGCAUGCCCGUCGUCGACUACUACGCCAAGCAGGGCCGCGUCGUCAAGGUCAACGCCACCGCCACGCCCGACAACGUGUACAAGGACACGCAGCGCAGGCUGACCGACGCCCUCGGCAAGGAUCUGUAA